GCGUGAGCCGUAGCGGUUCAGUAGCAGCAGCAGCUAGCUGCCAGGUAAGACACCAACGCAAGGUGAGCCCGAAGAUAAUCCCGUGGAAGCAUGGAAAUUAUGAGGACAACUGACUGAGCGGGUGGUCACUUUUUCAGAAUAUAGUGAGGAAACAUGACAACUAGAAGCCAGCACUAUGGGUUCCAGUCAGCCACCAUGGUGCAGCCUGCCAAUGGCGGUCAUGCCUACCUGUUUGGAAACAAUGGCUCGGAGAAUGACCUGUCAGAAGAGGAUGCUGAAAGCUAUGAGCUGCGACCUCGUGGCAGAGAGAGGCUGCGGAGGAGCACAUCCAGAGAGAGGAUGGAUAUUAUCUACCUGACCAGAGAUAUCCAGGAGGGGGACACCCUGAACAGCAUUGCCCUGCAGUACCAUUGUUCAGUGGCUGACAUUAAGCGUGCCAACAACCUCUUGACAGAGCAAGACUUCUUUGCUCUGCGUUCAGUUAAGAUUCCCGUGAGGCGCUUCAGCGUCCUCACCGAAACUCAUAGCACUGGUCCUCUCAAAUCUGCCUCUCCCACCUCCCCCACCGGCACUAGACGCCUGCCCCAGAUCUCACCUGUUACAUCCCUCCCCACUGAGUCUUCCACAGACUCGUCUUCUUCUACCGACAGUGUGGAAGGAUUCCUCCUGGAGAAGGACAAGGACAUUGAGCGGCUGGUGAAAUCCACAGGACCAUCUCGGAGUAGCCUCAAUGAGGUUGUGUCCUCCCUAACGUUGCAGCAACAGCAACCACUGCUAGGAGAAGUUGAGUAUAAACCAGCACAGAGAAAGGACCCUUAUUAUGGGGCAGACUGGGGCAUGAGGUGGUGGACAGCUGUGGCCAUCAUGCUGGUUGUUGGCAUCGUCACACCUGUGUUUUAUCUGCUGUACUAUGAGGUUCUUGUGAAAGCUGACAUCAGCCAUCAUAGCAACCCUCCACAAGGUCCUGGUGAAGUUCAUGAAAAUGUCAAUGUCAAUAAGAUGGACCCUGCUGCUAAAGGAGAGAAAUCUGCAGGAGCUGGACCUGAAAAAGUGGCCAAAGGAAUCCCACCACAACCCAAUUUGAACGAAGCAGGAGUGGGUAACCAUGGAGGGCUUGAGAAAACAUAGCAAGGGAUUUUAAUUUUACAUACAAAUUGUUAACUCAGAGACCUAAUAAAGCUUGAUGGAUGUUCCCAUUUUCGAGUAAUUGCUACAUACAUCAGUGCAAUCUUUCGGGCUGGGAUGUUGUGGGAACAGACAUUUUAAAGAACUGGGAGAGGAGGAAUACGGGUGUGGCCACAGUUGUUCCUUGUGUUUGUACAUUUACAUUUACAUCCUUUUCAACAAGAAGUGCUGAAGGACUAAAAAAAUGGGUCCAACUCUGUCCCAGAUUUGUGUCUGGUUUGACUAACAAAUAUUAGGCUAGGUUGAACUUUUUCAAAAUUUAUGAAUUUCAAGAGUUUAAUCAUGUAUCCAGUAGAAUUAGGUGGUGCUUUUGCCAUCAUCCACGGUGCACACAAACAGACCAAGACAGAUACCAACACUAGUUUGUCUCAUUUGAUCCAAUGAUGGUCCAGUGGCCACCUUUUCAGUGAAUCGUUCAUUCUGUGGAUUUGGUUUGGACCAGCUGUAUUUUUUUUUUGCCAUACUAGUAAUAUAGUGAAUUUUCCAAUAUUGUUUGUUGGAAAAGUAAGAUUGCUGCCACUGUGUUGAAUUAGAAUUAAUUUAUUUCAAGAUUGAGCAUUAAUUUCUACUUACAUUAUCAGUAUUGAUUAUCAGAUAAAUUAUGUUUAUGAAUUUCAAGUUGCUUGGAUCUGUCCUUGCUUUUAGCUUGCCUGGAGAAAACUGCAUUUUUUUUGUAAAAAGAAGAAAAAAAACAAACCUCGAAGAGCAUGGUGAGAAAAAUGGGAGAUGCACAGUAUUCCCACAGUGACUCAUAUUUGUAAUUAUGUGAAAUUUUAGACUUUGGUAUAUAGCCCUUUUAUUUUAUCACUGUGUUCACUUGAUAUUUUAUGACAAAGCAUUUACAUGUUGUUGACAGUAUGUGCCUUUCAACCUGUGGAAUCUGUCUACAGGCUGAAGAAUAAAUACAUCUAUUUUGAAUAAAUUAUUGCCAGUGUG